AUGAAUGCUACACGUGUAUUGCUGGCUCGUUCCGUGUGGAAAGGGCCCAACAUCGUCCCACUCCCCAUCGUUCGAGUGCCCCAAGGACAAAAAGCGCCGCCAGUACGCACUCAAGCUCGCUCUGCUACGAUUCUGCCGAACUUCGUUGGAUUGGUGUUUCAAGUGCACAAUGGGAAGAUCUAUCAUGAUGUAGAGAUUACAGAAGAUAUGGUUGGACACAAAUUAGGGGAAUUCUCACCUACACGGAAGAAGUUCUCUUACAAGCAAAUGAAAGGCAAAUAG